UGAAAGUCCUGGACAGCAUUGGCAAAUAACACACCAGCGUUAACCGAGGUAGACUGAAUUAAUAUGGACUAUGCAUGUACUUCAUCAUUGGAUUGAGUCUGAAAAAAGAUGGGUUCCAACAGGACAAAAAUUGCACUUAACGUGACAGGUUUGGUGGAAAACAGUCAGAAUAAUGAUAACAUCGAAAAUCUUGAAGCUAUGAAGAACUGCGCAUAGCUGCAAAACAUGAAGAGCCAGAACAACACUUUGAUGGGAAAAGACUGCAAGUCAGCUGACCGUUUGGUUGAUUGCAUGUAUCUCACAACUCCACACCCAAGAAGCGCGCUUCCUUAACAAACAUGGACCCCUCUCAAAUCCUGAUUAUCAGGGAGAUUGCCUCCUCUGAUGCGUCUGCAAUUUUUGAGGUAGGUCUGAAUGGACAGAAGUAUACAUUGAAGCUAUUCCACGACAACGGCGACCCCGGAUAUACCGAGAAAGGCCGCGAUCUGAACCGAUUCCGCUGCGAAUUGAACGGAUAUCGGAACCUUCUCACUUCCGGUGUCUGUGCGCGCGGGUUUGUUCCAAGAUUCCACGGCUACAUCGAUCGAAUCGAUCCGGCGGCAUUCCACCCGGCUUUGCAACACUUCUCCCAAGACAAGCUCAAGCCGAGAGCAAUCUUGCUAGAGCACUUACCCAAUGCCGAGAGUUUAAAUUGCGUGAACUACUCGGAUGCGCUCUACCCGCAGGCCAAUGAGGGCAUGCAGGAGGUACACAGAGCGGGUGUUCACCACCGAGACAUCUACCCCAAAAACCUUCUGCUUGUCCGUGGAGACCCCGAUAGGCUGGUCUGGAUUGACUUUGACGUUGCAACGAUCUUUACCGACUGUGGGCCGGAGCAGCUGGCUCGCUGUGACCAUGAGAUUGCGCUUGUGAAGGGAUUUGGGGAGGCCCUGAGAGAUGACCAGGCUGAGGGACUCCCGCCGAAUUCGAAAUUCUAUUAAGGGUCCCUAUUAACUGUAACUACAAUUCUAGAGUUAUAGAUGGAUACUGUACCAUCCAUGUUGGCUACCUCGAGCUUGAAGUAACACCCCAUAAUGUUGUCCCUCUUAAGGAUAGCAAUAUAGGCUGGAAACAACCAGAGGCUUCUAGACAGUCAAGUCUUGUGGUACUCCAAAGUGAGCUGCGGCGUCCCGUCCCCUA